AUGGGAACGGUUCGGAGUGUGCUCGAGCAGCUGGGCAACUACAUCGGCGGGUUCCCCCAGGCGGCGAUGGACCCUCUGCUGGACCUCAUGUUCCUCCCCUCGGGCCUCAACCUCAAUAUAGUGCGAUUCAAUAUAGGCGGCGGCUCGCUCCCGCUAGUACAGCCCGCAGCUAUACACUCGACGCGCUGCCUGCGCUGGCGGGCCAUGCCGGGGUACUGGCCGGCGCAGGCAGCGGGGUUCAACUGGACGGCGGAUUCGAGGCAGCAGGCGGUGCUGCUGGGAGCCAAGGCCCGCGGGGUGAACGUGUUCGAGGCGUUUUCCAACAGCCCGCCCUGGUGGAUGACCGCGAGUAAAGACGUUGCGGGUGGGAAGAAGGCGUUUCAGACGAACCUGCUGCGAAAGCAUGAGGGGCGGUUUGCGAGGUACUUGGUGGAAGUGGUGGAAAGGUUUAGAACGGAUCCGGCGUUGGGUAACAUCGAGUUCGAUACACUGGAGCCGUUUAACGAGGCGUUAGAGGGGUACUGGAUAAAGGGGAUGGGGCAGGAGGGGUGCAACUUCAACCUGCCACGUGUCCUAUCCCCAAGCCUCCGAGCCUCGUCUCGAGGCGCAUCAAAUGUUACCGUUAGAGCGUCCGGCGACGAUGGCGGAAGCGGAAGCGGCGCGUCGUCGUCUACCCGCCGGUCCGCGGCGCGGCGGUCGCGACAAUACUCUUCUUCCGUGCAAGAAGCGUCAGGAGGGCGACGCGGGAGUGCUUCUAACGCGGGAUUUGAAAUCGACACGGAGUUAAUAGGCAUCGGCGCGAUGCUAUUGGCUGUCGGCGCGGGAAUCUGGGGAGUUUCGCGGUUCCUAGCGCGUGGCGGGAUCGGCAGUAGCGGGGAUAGUGACGAGGAAGAGGAGGGUGCGGGUAGCAAGAGUUCGUCGUUUAGUGCGGGUGACGACAAGGAGAAGCAGCGCAAGUGGCGGCAGCAGUCGAUGGCGAAAGUUAAGGAGUUAGCGCAGCAGCUUCGGUCAUUCAGGACCGUCGAUCUCAGCGGCAAGAGUCUGGGCGACGAGGGGUUCAAAUAUCUCGCAGAAUCUCUCGCCUUCAACAAUAGUGUUGAAAGCGUUGACUUUUCCAACAAUGGGAUCGGCCCGGAGGGGGUCAAAGCCCUGACCGAAGCCCUGGCGACGAAUGCCUAUCUCAAGACGCUCAACCUCUCGGGGAACACCAUUGGGGACGAGGGAGCUAAGGUUCUAGCUGGUAUCAUGGAGCAGAACCGCGGCGUGCAGACGCUGCAGCUGAGCAGCAACGGGAUCGGGGAUGAGGGCAUGCGAGCAUUAGCGGAGAUGGUGAAGAAGAACGAAGCGAUCGUUUGUUUGGAGAUGAACAACAACGGCAUCGAGUACGAGGGCUGUGCUGCUCUCGCCGAUGCCCUCACCAGCACCAAGUCUCUGCGCUCACUGCACCUCAAUGGCAACUAUGCAGGCACGCUGGGAGCAUCUGCCCUGGCCAAGGGCCUUCAGGAGAACAAGUCACUCAGGGAGUUGCAUUUCAACGGGAAUGGAGUGGGGGAUGAGGGAGCUCGAGUGCUGGCGUCUGGCCUUCUCGCGCACAAGGGCAAGCUGGUCACCAUCGACCUCAGCAACAACAGCAUGGGCUCCAAGGGGGCGGCUCAUAUCGCUGAAGUGAUCAAGAAAAGCCGCAGCCUGCAGUGGCUGAACCUCUAUAUGAACGACUUUGGAGACAAGGGAGCGGAGAGAAUAGCAGAUGCUCUCAAGAGGAACAAGUCGAUUGCUACUAUUGACCUGGGCGGCAACAACAUUCACGCAGAGGGCAUUGCGGCCAUCUGUGACGCACUCAGUCAUCUACCACAACUUCUCUUUCCCCCUCUCCCUGCCCACCCAUGCUCCCUCCCGUUUCCCUCCUUACUCCAGGGAGGCAACAACAUUCAUGCGGAGGGCAUUGCGGCCAUCUGUGACGCACUCAAAGAGAACUCCACCAUCACCACUGUGAGGUAA